GUAAAGAAGAGGCUGGGGAGUUGAAGGAUGGAAGUGAAGAAAAUGCUGGGGCUCCUCGUUGGGAUCUUCAUUCUCGAUGGGCUGUUCCUCCUCUCCACAGCUUCUAACGUCCACCACUACAGCUUUAUACUCAAGGAGACGAACUUUACAAGACUAUGUUUCGAAAAGCCGAUGCUCACCGUAAAUGAGCAGUUCCCAGGACCAACAAUUCAUGUUCGCAAGGGAGAUACUGCUUUUGUUAAUGUUCAUAAUGAUGGCAAAUAUGGCGUCACCAUUCACUGGCAUGGAGUGAAGCAACCAAAUAAUCCAUGGUCAGAUGGUCCGGAAAACAUCACUCAAUGCCCGAUUCAACCUGGGAAAAACUUCACUUACGAGGUCGUCUUUUCAGAUGAAGAAGGCACGUUAUGGUGGCAUGCGCAUAGUGAUUGGUCACGAGCCACAGUCCAUGGUCACAUCGUUAUUUUGCCUGAAAUAGGAAAGACAUAUCCAUUUCCUGAGCCUUAUGCAGAGAAAACACUUUUUCUUGCAUCGUGGUUCAAUGCAGAUUUGAAGGAACUAAUUGAUGAUGCCACACUCAUUGGAGGUGACCCAGACCCAUCAGACGGAUUCACCAUCAACGGCUGGCCAGGAGCUUUAUACAACUGCUCUAAUGAAACUAUAUCCACUUUUGAGGUUGAAUAUGGUAAGACCUAUCUUUUUCGUCUAGUGAGCGGUGUGAUGAAUGAAGAAAUGUUCUUCGGAAUUGCGGGACACAACUUCACCGUGGUUACUCAAGACGCGGCAUACAUCAAGCCCAUAGUGACAAGCUACAUAAUGAUAGCUCCAGGCCAAACCAUGGACAUUCUACUCACAGCGGACCAGUCUCCAAGUUCCUACUACAUUGCUGCCAGCCCAUUCUUCGAUUCCAGCGCUCCAUUCGACAAUACCACCACCACAGCCAUUCUCUGGUACACAAACGCAACCGUCCCGUCGUCCAUUCCUUUUCCUUCACUUCCCUCGACGACUGACAACGAAUCCGUAGAUAACUUCACAAGCAAGUUAAAGGCUUUGGCAAGUGAGGAACAUCCCAUUAGUGUGCCUCAAAAUAUCACCAAACGAAUCCUUAUCACAGUUUCGGUGAAUCAACUACCCUGUGAUCUUGUUAAUGGCACUUGUGGGGGUCCUGAUGGUAAUAGGCUGGCUGCUAGCUUGAACAAUAUUAGUUUCUCUACUCCCACCACAGAUAUACUGCAACAAUACUACAGCAUGUUGAAUGAUACUAGCUUUGACAGUGACUUUCCUAGUCAACCACCUGUGUUAUUCAACUUCACUGGCGAUGAUGCCGACGAUUAUAUACUGCCGGAAGUAGGGACAAAGGCGAAAUUGAUCAAGUACGGGGCAUCGGUUGAAAUUGUGUACCAAGGAACUAAUAUUGGGAAUGCAGAAAACCAUCCCAUGCAUCUGCAUGGUUAUAGCUUCUAUGUCGUCGGAUCAGCUUAUGGCAAUUGGAAUGAGACCACUUCUCCAGACACUUAUAACUUGGUCGAUCCACAGGAAGUCAACACCGUUGGAGUUCCUAAGAACGGAUGGACUGCCAUUCGAUUCGUUGCUAACAAUCCUGGAGUGUGGUUUAUGCAUUGUCAUUUGGAACGUCAUGCUAGUUGGGGCAUGGACACAGUACUUAUAGUGAAGAAUGGACUCACCAAUAGUACCAAGAUCCGACCACCCCAUCCAAAUAUGCCGAUAUGUGCUUAGUCUUGGGGCCAUAUUUGGUAGAAGUGUGUUGUUUGUGUUUAAUUUAUUCAUGCGUUAGUGAUCGAAUGUAAGUUUUUUUUCUCAUUCUCUGCUCGUUUUCUCUUGUUUUCUGCUUUGUACUACUUCUGUAAUUUGUGAGAAAGAUGUUGACAUCGUCCCUCUUUCUCUAUGUGUUCUCUCCUUCCCAUUUAAUAAAACUUCAAGUGAAGUAGCAAAAUA